AUGGAGUCGAGAACCCCGACGGCUGAGCCGUCCUCGUCCAGCAAACGACCUCGAUCACCCUCGGGCGAUUUCCCUACUAUCGCAUCCAAAGUUCCCAAGACGCAAUCGAAUCACCUGCAAAUCAACUAUCUCGCCCGCCAGUAUCCUGACAACCUCCCCUUGGUCUCCGUUGAUGAUAGCAUGCCCGCCAUUGUCCACUUGAUCGGCGAAUAUGAUGGUGUUCUCCAUCGUCACGAAAGCAUCGCCGGGAACCUGGGCGCUUGUCCGUUGGGUCCCAUUCUGAUCAAGCGCUUCGAGCGUCUGUUCGAUGGCCCUCCGCGCGUGCUGAAAUCGCACGGCAAGGACUCGCCCAAUAUCACCUGGCUCGAUGUGGUCGAAUUCGCCAAGAGCAAACCGGAGCAGUUCAAUCUGGAAAAAUCCCGCAAUGGCGUGCGGGUUUGCCAGUUUUACACCAAGCAGUGUCGGGUAGAGAUCAGUGAGGAGGACUUUGUGCUGAUCGCUUCGGGCAUGCCACAGAAAAUGAUCCCCCCACAACCCAUCAUCGAGGAUGAAGAAAAGGAACUGGGUGCGUUGGAGAUUCUGGAGAAGAACUUGCAGCAGAUCACCCAAAUCGCCGAUCAAGUAUCUGCCCGAGCAAGACAACUCACUUACCGUCUCAAGAACCGUCGAACAGCUAUCGUCAGCCGACGGGAGAACGAUCUUGUCCUCCACAACCAGCAGGCUCGUUCUAUCAGCCCCACGUGGCGAGAUGCCAAUGGCAACGGCCAGAAUCCGUUAAACGGCAACGGUUCUUCCAAUGUCCAGUCUCCCUCGGCCGGCUUUGUCGCAGUCAACGCCAACCGUCCCGCAGGGGAGCCUAUGGGAGAAGAAGGAUCGCUGUCUUCACAGUUCAUGUUCUCCCACUCAAACACAGAAAACGUUACUAUCAUCAACGGGACUUCCAUCAAAGGCGCCUCUCCGACGACCCGAAUGGAGUUGAUGAAGAAAUUCUUCACCACUGCGGACCGUCAAGCGCGUGGCUACGAGGAUCCGCCUGGGCAAAUGGCCCGUCAGUCAUCGCGUCCCCGGCCGAGAGCCUCGGAUGCGACGGCAGAUCUUAGCACCAUCUACAACAACCCCGCCCCGACCACCGUCGCAAUCCCGAGCACCCCCUCCUCUUUACUUCCUCCUCCCAAGUCGAACAGUCACGAGAAAGAUGACGGUGGUCCCUACAAGAUGGAAAUGGUCGCUCGAAUGGAGGAGCUGCAACGAGGGGAUCGCAUCCUACCACCAUGCGACCGGUGUCGCCGUCUACAUAUGGACUGCCUCAAGAACCUGACUGCAUGCAUGGGCUGUACGAAAAAGCAUGCCAAGUGCUCCUGGAAGGAUGUCAAAGAGGAUGAGCUACGAGAAACUCGAAUCGACGGCCUUCCCCGGGCACACGCCGAAGACGCUCCACCAACCGACCCAUCAUCCGCGGCAGUGACAGUCCCCACAUCUGUCCCCACCCCAGCGUCAUUUGCUCCAGAGCAUGUACAUGAACAGCCACGGGGACGGGAACGGGGGGCCGAACAUAUUUCAAACUUCAAUGCGCGAAGAGAAUCCGCGCCAACUACGGGUCCAGCCCCAGGAACUCCGUUAGGAAAGGAGAUGUCACCCAGACGGGCCAUGAGUGAGAUCCAUGGAAGCGCAAUGGCGAGUCACGACAGACGGGUCAGUAUCAACCGUAAUACCGAUCCUGUCCCAGAUGAUGAUGACCCUGGUGCCAACCAGAGACUGAUGCAAGCCAUCUUGGACACAGUCGACCAUCAUGCCCGAGUAACAACAACCGGGAAAGAAGGGGAGAAUAACAUGAAUAUCAAUCAUGAUCGAGAGCGGGAGCGGGAACAAGAACGAGAGAGGGAGAGAGAGCGAGAGCGGAAAAUGGUGAGAGCGUAA